GCUAUGAUGUAGUAGUUUUGAGCUCCAAAUCUGUGAAUUGAAACCGAGUUUAGUCUUAAUUAAAACCAGGGACUGAAGCCCAGUGUAGGCUUCGCGGCAAGAAGACUGCCGUGCUUGCUCGAAAAAGACCCAAAGAUAUGCCAGAGAAAUCCAGAGAGCGAAACAGAAGAAAAAGUAGCAAGAGACAACCACACCACCAACAACAACAAAACGCAGAAAACAAAGCCAAACAAAUCAACCAUCCACCAUGCCUAAUACUAUUUGGGAUUCCAAGGGCGAAUAUGACCCCAAACAAUUUGAGGUGAAGUCUGAUCCGACGGUAGGCAAGAUGGAAUCGGCGGCAGAAAAAGCGGCGCGACAAGCAGAGGAAAUGAAGAAGGCAACGGAAAUGGCUCUGGCCGCCAUGAGCACUAACCAAAAGAAGUCAGCUGAGGCAGUGGAAGCAGGCACUGAAACUCUCAAUAGCGUCAAGGGAUACCAGGACAGUAUCAAGAAAUAAAACUCCUGCAGUACGGUACAGCGAGAGACGCUCGAGGCCAGAAAAUCAAUCCAGACAAUCUUGGUGUCAAAGGAGUUCGCUGAUGAUUGUGUUGCAGGAUUUAACACCCUACUAGAGAAGACGUUUUGAGAUUUAUGACUCGGUCAUUGGUAACCCCUCCAAUGUACCAUCGAUCUUAAAAAUAGCACAACCAUACGGUAG